CCACGCACGAAGAUUGUUUGUGUUUGAGGGAGGAGAGAGAGUCACGGAUACAGCGGGCUUAGACUAGAGAGAGAAGCAUGACAGCUAGGAAAUGCCGCUAUAAAAGAGCGCUCGAAACCCUAGAACUUUCUCUUCUGUCUAGUGGAACACUUUUGUCAGUUCACUCCCCGAAUUCAUUAUUUUGGAGCUUAAUUUAGCAAUUUGUCGGCCAAAAGACCAGUGAUCGGCACCGUAAAGCGUCACUACUUCCACUUUCCUCGGCAAACGCUCGCAUUGCUUCGAAUUCACGAUCCUCCGGGGUGUGGACUUGACUCUUCUGAUGAUUUAUUUCCAAUCACUGUUUCAACCACCCGUGAAUUUCUCAUCUAGACCCCCCUUAUCCUACUCAAUUUCCUAUGUUUUUCUUCCUUCCGAUGUGUUCUUUAUAUGCUGCUUCAAUUGCCUUAGAUUUCGCCUAAAAAUUUGAUAUUACAUCAGUGUUCAAUAGGUAAAAUCUAAUUUGAGUUUGUACUUGUGGGGUUGAGUGAGCUCAAAUUUAGCAAAAUGGCGGAUCGGUUUAGGUCGGUUUUGAUCGAGGAAUUGCCAUCACAUUUGAUUUUGGAGAUUUUGACCUCGGGCCGACUCAGUGCAACUGAUCUUGUUUGUUUGGAGUUGACUUCUAGAACCUUUGGUGGGAAUCAGGGGUUAUACCCUAAAAAAUUCCGGUCAUUGGUGGACUUUGCGGCAUUUCAGCUAUGUGUGUCCAGCAAUGUGUACGUUCGGAUGACUGAGGUGGCUCAGAUGAUGUUGACUGAUCGCUGUGGUGGGAACUGGAAGCGGCUGUUGAGGUUUUUGCAAUUGGUGGAGCAAUCGUCUGAGAUGGUGGAGACCUCAGCAGGCAAUAUGCAGAUUACCACCGGAAGGUAUCACACAUUGCUGAUCAACAAUUCAUCAGUGUACUCUUGUGGUUCCAGCUUGUCUGGUGUUCUUGGUCAUGGUCCUGAAACAACACAAUGUGUAGCAUUUACCCGAAUUGAUUUCCCAUCUUUAGCUCAGGUUGUGCAAGUUUCGGCCUCCCAAAAUCAUGCUGCUUUUGUCAUGCAGUCUGGAGAGAUUUUCACUUGUGGAGAUAAUUCAUCAUUUUGUUGUGGGCACAGAGAUACAACACGCCCCAUUUUUAGGCCUAGGCUUGUUGAAGCAUUGAAGGGAGCUUCUUGUAAGCAGGUUGCCGCUGGACAUAAUUUCACAGUCUUCCUCACAAAGCAAGGCCAGGUUUAUACGUGUGGGGCCAACGCCCAUGGUCAGCUUGGUCAUGGUGAUACUCUAGACAGACCAACUCCCAAAGUGAUUGAAGCGCUUACGGGUGUUGGUUCUAUAGUUCAGAUUGCUGCAGGUCCAAGUUAUGUUUUAGCUGUUACUGACAAUGGAGCAGUCUACUCUUUUGGAUUGGGUUCUAAUUUCUGUCUUGGCCAUGGAGAACAGCAUGAUGAGUUCCAGCCACGUGCAAUUCAGAAAUUUUGGAGAAAGAGUAUUCAUGUGCUUCGUGUCUCUGCUGGUGAUGAGCAUGCCGUGGCACUUGACUCCAAUGGACUUGUAUAUACUUGGGGUAAAGGCUACUGUGGUGCUUUAGGCCAUGGAGAUGAGGUUGAUAAGACUACUCCAGAACUUUUGAACGGCCUUAAGGACAAUCUUGCUGUGCAGGUCUGUGCAAGAAAAAGGAAAACCUUUGUUCUGGUUGAUGACGGUUCUGUUUAUGGCUUUGGGUGGAUGGCAUUCGGUAGCCUUGGGUUCCCAGAGCGAGGACUAUCUGAUAAAGUCACGAGGCCUCAAAUCCUUGAAUGCUUAAGAGCUCACCGAGUUUCUCAAAUUAGCACUGGGCUAUACCACACUGUUGUGGUCACUAACCGCGGACAACUAUUUGGGUUUGGAGAUAAUGAAAGAGCACAACUUGGUCACGACACUUUGAGAGGAUGCCUUGAACCUACUGAAAUUUUUAUCCAAGAAACGGCAGAUCAUAACACAGACGUCUCUGAAAGCGCAUAACACUGGUGGGGAGCUACCAUCUGCUUUCUGCAUGUUGGUUGUUAUAUUUUUUUUGUUUUAGUCAGAACUGAGCUCCAUAAGAUUAUUUUCCCUCUCAUUCCUGUAGAAUUUGCAUAAAAUUGUAAUCGAGAAUGUUUGGUAAUCUAUUCUUCAAGCGAUAUUUGUUGCUAAA